CCAAAUAUGAGUCUUAGUUCUGAUCUAAACGACAUGGUGGAUGAGAAGCUUAAGGUUUUUGAGGACAUAAUGUCAAAUGCGAAGCAGAUUCAAGACAGUGUAUUGAAAGAGAUACUCACGCUUAACGCAAACACUGAAUACCUACGAAGUUUCCUCAAUGGGAGAUCCGACAAAGAGCUCUUCAAGAAGAAGGUACCAGUAAUGACAUAUGAGGAUAUUAGGCCUUACAUCGAGCGUGUCGCCAAUGGAGAGCCUUCCGAUGUCAUAUCAGCCAAACCCAUUAUUGGAUUCCUCCUAAGUUCCGGAACAUCGGGAGAGAAAGGGAAGAUAUUCCCUUUGGACAACAAGUACUUUGAGAACAUAGUGUUCUUCACACAUAUAUCUUCGCUCCUUACCUGCAAGCAUGUUAAUGGUGCCAAACAAGGAAAAGAGUUGACAUUUAAUUUCACCAAACCAGCAUUCACAACUCCCUCUGGUCUACCAGUUUCAUCUUUGACUUCAAGCUUCUUAAAGAGUGAUUAUUUCAAAAACCGUCCACCAAAUGACGUUUUCUCGUUGACAAGCCCCGACAAGGUCAUAUUUUGCCCAGACAACAAGCAGAGUAUGUACUGUCAUAUCCUCUGUGGCCUUGUCCAGAGAGAUGAGGUUGUGAGUUUGGCUUCUCCUUUUGCCUCUGUAUUGGUUCGAGCAAUCAUAUUCCUUUCAAAUAACUGGAAGGAACUGUGUAGCAAUAUCCGGUCAGGUCAGCUGAGCAAGUGGAUUAAAGACGUUGACUGCAGGAGCUCUGUCUCUCUGAUCCUUGGAGGACCUAAUCUUGAAUUGGCUGAUUUGAUCGAGCAAGAAUGUAGCCAGAAAUCAUGGGAAGGUAUAAUCACACGUAUUUGGCCCAAAACCAAAUAUCUUGAGAGUAUUGUUACAGGUCAGAUGGCUCACUACAUUCCUACACUUGACUUCUACUCCAACAAACUGCCUUUCAUUUCCCCUUUUUAUGCUUCUUCUGAAACUAUGUUUGGGAUCAAUGUGAAUCCUCUAUGCAAACCACAAGAUGUGUCCUACACAUUUCUGCCUAAUGUGUCAUAUUUCGAGUUCUUACUUGUUAAUGAAGUAAACAAGGUUGAAAUCGUUGAUCUUGUGGACGUGAAGUUAGGGUGUUACUAUGAGCCACUGGUCACAAAUUAUGCCGGUUUACAUAGAUAUAGAAUCGGAGACAUUGUGCAAGUAACUGGAUUCUACAACAGCACCCCUCAGUUUAAAUUUGUCCAAAGAAAAAAUGUGGUCCUAAGUGUUCAUUUGGAGACAACAACAGAAGAACAGAUUCUAAAUGCAGUGACUCAAGCAAGAAGCGUUCUGGAAUCUUCAGAUUUGAUGUUGAUUGAGUUCACAUGCGUUGCUGAUACCUCUGCAGGUGGUCUUGGUCACUACGUUUUUUACUGGGAACUCAAAUCCAAAACCAACAACGCCAACCCUGAGAUUGAUGAUGAGCUACUGGUUGAGUGCUGCGAGUUAUUAGAGAAAUCACUCGACAUUGAUUACUGGAAAUAUCGAAGUAAGGAUGGACCGAUUGGAGCUUUAGAGAUAAGGGUGGUGCAACAAGGAACGUUUGAUUCUAUCAUGGACAUUUACAUCUCUCGAGGUGCUUCUAUAACUCAAUACAAAACACCUAUAUGCAUCAAAUCUGCUGAGGCCUUAGCGAUUCUUGAAGAUAGGAUUCUUGUUCGAGUUUUUAGCAACAGUUCCCCAUGA